AAAGAAUUAAGGAACAACUUUUGAAGCUUGAUCAUAGAGUAGAAAGGUUAAGGGUUAAUGGGUAAGGCUUCAGUGAUCAUCUACAUUUCCGUUGCUCUUCUACUUCUCUUCCUCAUCUCUCACUCUCCUAAAGGUCCCAAAACCAACCGCCGUCGCCGACUGAAACUCCGUUCGACCUUCACCUUCGACAAGCAGCACCAUGAACCCGUCGCAUUUGUCCCUUUAAUCGCAGACAUGGAACGUCGUCGAGAGGACAAAGAAUGGGAAAAGAGGUAUUUCGAGCAUACCCACAAAGAAUUCAUAGAAGGAGCUCCAGGAGCUGAAGCUCAACCAGAAUGGGAAGAGUUCGUAAAUGACGAGGAUUACUUGAACGAUGAAGAACGGCUCAACAUAACUAGUAGAUUAGUGUUGCUGUUUCCGAAGAUUGAUGUCGACCCGGUUGAUGGGUUUGUGACGGAAAGCGAGAUGACGGAGUGGAAUUUGCAGAAGGCGGAGAGGGAUAUGAUGCGUAGGACUGAGAGGGAUAUGGAGCUUCAUGAUAAGAAUCAUGAUGGGUUUGUUUCGUUUGCUGAGCAUAGGCCCUCCAGUUGGGUUCGAAAUUCAGAUAAUACUUCAUUUCGGUAUAAUAUGGAUUGGUGGAAAGAGGAACGCUUCAAUGCUUCAGAUGCAGAUGGGGAUGGUCUUCUGAACCCAACUGAGUUCAAUGACAUCCUGAAUCCACCUGACAGCAAUAACCCGAAGGUAAUUCGGUGGUUGUGCAAAAAGGAAGUGAGGUAUGAAGUAUGA